AUGAAUCGUAAUGGCAAUGAUGUACCGUCUUCUCCAUUAUAUACAUUUUAUGAAUUAUUACUCCCUGAAUUUACUGAAAUUAAUUCAGAUGGAGAGAAUCUGAAACAGAGUGAAUUAUCUAGCUCUAAGGAUGAAGCCAAUAAUGAGAUGGUAACAAAUAACAAUAUACCUCAUCCAAUAUUUCAUAGAUUGGUCUUUAAUUCGAGAAACGAAAUUAUUUCCACAAUUGACGAUUAUUUUACCGACUGCCAUAUUUCUUUCUUUAUAAUAUAUGAUGAUGAAUUUUUACCAUUUUUACCAAAAUUAUAUUGUCGUGCACAUAGAAGAAUAUUAUCAACUGAUGUUAACAAAAAAAAUGAUGGAAUUCUUUUACAUAUUAAAUUACCAAAUAUUUUACCUAAAAUUUUUCAAAUAAUCUUGAGAAUUAAAAUAGGAAAUUUGUAUAAAAAUAAAAAAUAA